AUGGAUCAAUUUAUAGGAUAACUGAGUGAUAAAUAAAGAGGAAUAGAUUUAGCAGAGGCUGUGUAAAAUAAGUAAAAUAGAAAAUCUCUAUAAUAGCAAAGAUAUGACUUAAUUUAUUUAGGUAAUGAAGAAAAUAAUGAGAGAUAAACAUCCUCCUAAAGAAUGUUUAUAUGGUUUGAAAAUAGUGAAGGAUUGUGUAGAAAAGUUUAAUAAUGAUUUUAAAAUGAAAGUUAAAGUUGAAUUGAUAGAACUUAUAUAUGAAGUAGCUGUAUUUAGGAUUAAGGAUAUAGAUGAUUGUAGAGGGAUUACAUAUUUCAAUAAUCCAGAACAUGAAAAAACAAUUGAAUAAUAUGGAGCUAGUUAUAUAAGGUUAGCUUUAGAUUGUAUAAGGGUGUGGGCACUUUGGUUUCCUGAUUUCAAAGUUUAUGGAUAGAGGUUAGAAAAAGAAUAAGGAUAUUUACCAAAAAUAAAUUAUUUUAAAUAAGAAUUAAUUGAUAAACACAUUCCUAAAUAGAUUUCUACACCUCAUGAAGAUUCUGGUCUUAUUUAAAAUAAAAUCAGAUAGUUGAAUUAAUAAUUAAUUAAUUACUUGUAAUCUCACACUGAAAUAAAUACAUUCCUUUAAGAUGAAUUAGAAAAAAUAAACAUUUAGAUCGAAGAUUUAGUUCUUUAAGAAGUUUAAGAUUAAUUUAUAGAUGAUUUUGUUUUAACAUAUCCUGAAUUUUAAAAUGGAAGAAUAUCUUAUUAAGAAUUUAGAAUUUAAUUUUUACCAAAUUUAUAAAUAAAAAAUAACCCAAUAAAUUGUUUAGAGGAAUCAAAUGUAUCUUAAACAAAUCAUUAAACUUCUAAAAUUAUGAAUCCUUAAAUUUAAUAAAAUUAAUAACUUUUACAUGAUUAGUAAAUAUUCAAAAAUGAAGAUUAAAAGGAAUAUCAAAAUUUGAUGCUUAAAUUUGAUAAAUGUGUUUCAAUUAUUUAAUAAAAUGAAAAAACAAUUCAAUAAUUAUAAAAUGAACUUUAGGAAUAAAAAGUAUAGACAGAAAAUCUAAGAAAUAAAAACUAAAACGACUGUUAAAAUUAUGAAAUCUUAUUAAAAGAACUUUAAUUAAAAAUUGAUCAAUAUAAGAAUCUUUAAUAAUAAUAAUACUAAUAAAAUUAAUAAAAUUAAACAAUUUAAAAUUUACAAUAAGAGUUAGAGAAUGUAAAAAUAGAAAAAAACUUUCUAAUAGAGUAACAAAAAAUGUAUUAAUAAAAGGGUAAUUCUACUUUCAGUGAAAAUGAAUAUAUGAAUUUAAAGAAGAAAUUUGAUAAUUUAGACAGCAAAUAUUUUCUAUUAAAACAAGAGAAUUAUAAAUUAAAGUAAGCAUUAUAAGAAUUUGGAAAUUAAUCAGCAAAUUAAAGUAGAAUAAGUGAGAGUUUUGCUAAAGAAAUGAAUUAAAAAGACGAAAAUUUAAAUAUAGCAUUUUAUAAUUUUAAGGAAUCAGAUUUAUGGUUAGCAAUAAAUAAUAAUAAUUAAAAUGAAAAUAUGACAAAUUCUAGACUAAAAGAUGUUUCUGAAUUAAUUUAUCCUCAUAAGACAGCAGCUGAAUAUUAUAGGUAGAAUGGAAAAAAAUAAUUUAAAGGAAAUCUUAUAAAUAGAUGUGGAUUUUAAUUAUAAUUGAAUUAAAUAAAUCUGUUUAAUUAUAAAAAAGCAAGCUUAAAUCAAUUAGCAACAUUAUACUAAUAAAAUAAAAUUGAAAUUAAAUCUAGAUAAUAGUUAAUAUAUGGAUAAAAUAAUUAAGAAUUCGUAUCUACAACUAUCAGUAUAAAAAAUAAGGAAUUGAGAUCAAUAUAGCUUCAGAUUAUAAACAGUAAUAAAAAUGUAUGGGUUAACAAGGACACAAAAAGUACUUUGUUAUAGCCAUAAUAAACAAUUUUAUAUGAGUUUAUACGUGAGGCUAAUGUUAAACUUCAUGAAUAGACAUUGAUUAAGGUUUCUGUGAGGUAUUGUUAAUUAUUAUAUUAGUUUUGAGAAUUUUAUAAUUUACCUUCCAAAUUUUUUAAAAAAUUGCUUAAAAUUUUAUUAAAUUGAGGUUAAUUCUUUUAAAGCAAUGAAAAAGUAGUUUUAGGGUAAAAUAUUUGCAACUCCAUUAUUACCAAUCUGUUGUAAAGUUGAAUUAAAAUAAUUAAGUGAGUAAGGAUAAUUAUUGAAUAAACGAGAGUAAGAGAAUGAAGAUUUAAUAACUGAAAGUAAAUAUGGAUUUAAAGUUGUAUUAUCAAAUCAAUUGGAAUUUUAUUUGGAAUUAAUUAUAACUCCUUGUGAUGAAUUUCUAUUCAGAGGAUUUACUAGUUUUGAUGAAGAGACAUUAGAAUUCGUUUUAAAUAGUUUAUCAAAUUUAUACAGUUGA